AUGCCUCACGUCGGCUCCAUCGUCAUCCUGCUAUCUCUGAUUGCCUGGGCUGGCGGUCGAGUGAUCCAUCAACCACCUAACAUCACAUCGGAGAAAAUCAAACCGCUCCAGACGGAGCUCCGCGCCAGUGCUCUGUGCGAUCCCAGUGUUAAGCAAGUACACGGUUACCUUAAUGGCAAUUCUGGAAGAAGGCUAUUCUUUUGGUUCUUUGAAUCUCGCUCCGACCCAGUUCGAGACCCCGUCAUUCUCUGGCUCAACGGGGGGCCCAACCAGGGCAGGCCGAGCCGACCAGUUGGCUGCAGCAGCAUGUUAGGACUCUUCACAGAGAAUGGACCUUGCAGAGUAAAAGAAUACGGGAAUGGCACUACACUUAACCGAUAUUCUUGGAAUACGCGAGCCAACCUCCUUUAUGUUGAUCAACCUGCGGGAACAGGAUUCUCAACUGGACCGCAAGUGACCAAUGGUUCAUUUGAAGCUGCCGAAGACUUGUACAUGGCCCUACAAGAGUUCUUCGCUAAACAUACCAAGUAUGGAGGCAAAGAUUUCUACAUUACCGGGGAGUCAUAUGCUGGUAACCGUGACAGAUUACCGAAAUAUCAUCCCAGCUACUCAGGUCACUACAUACCUGCCAUAGCUCAUAAGAUAUGGCGUGAAAACACUAGAGGGAUCGAGCCUCAUAUCAACCUUCGUGGACUGGCAAUCGGGAAUGGAUGGAUGAAUGCCGCAAUCCAAUUCGAUAUGAGGAAACAAAGAGAGUAUCCCCGUGGUUCUAGAAUCGAGAAAAGUCCGUUGGAGAUUUAUCUCAACAGAGAGGACAUACAAAGAGAACUAGGAGUCGACCAGGAAUUCUCCACCUAUUCGGACGUGAGGAAUUUCUAUGAGUUUUGCUCUUGA